GCUCGUCCCGGCAGGCUGCACUUUGCUUCAGGAGCAGUUACCCUUCCUGUCAGAGCAAUGCUUUUGGCCUGUCAGCUGUACAUUACGAAUGCAAUUCUUGCCAUUUUGCUGCAGCGUUUUAAUGGAGCUUUCAGUGGUUUUGGUCACAGUGCUUGAGCACUUGUUUCUGUCAAGUUGUUUAACUGUUUUUGUUCCCAGCUUUGUCUGUUUUAUUUUCUCUUGUUCUUUGUGUCUCGUUCUGCAUAUGCUUCUUCACCUUGCAGUUUGGUUCAGAGUGUCUCCAUAUGCAUGGUCUAAGUAACUAUUGGUGCCAGUGUGCUGGUAUUUUGUUGUUUUCUCUUGGGUGGUGGUGGUGUCAGUUUCUCACCCACUAAUACAGGAGAACUGCUAAGACAUCUAAGUACCGUGCGUAUCUGAGCAGUUGGCUUGAUUCCUCCUGGCUUCCUGAAAACCAACUUCCAGGAAGGCUUGCAACACCAAAUGGAAAAUGUUUGUGGAUCUGGACAUUUCAGAUCGGAGCUGACUCCCGAGAAAAGAACUUAGGGUGAAGUUUUUUUGCUUUUUGGAGCCUGCAGUUUCGGCCAAAGAUUUGUUCUUCAAAUAAUGCGGUCUAUGUUAUGUCCGGUGAAGAAACAGCUAAUAAGCCUGUCCUAGAUUGAGCACAUUGAAUGAGUCAUUUAGUAAGCAAAAACAGUACCAUUUGAAAGAUGGAUGAUGAUGAUUUUGGAGGAUUCGAGGCAGCAGAGAGCUAUGAGUAUGGAAACGGUGAAAAGCAGACUACAUCUCCUGCUAUUUCUUGGGCAGCAUUUCCUACAGUAUCUGAAGUCCAUAUAUCUCAGAAUGUUUCUCCUGAUGUUCUUCUGGAGCACUCUGUGCCUUCAUCCUGCCUGGUUCCUCCUGACUCAUUCACUUUAUCAAAUGAUAAUGUGGCAACAGCUAUUCAAACAGCCAACGUUAUAAACCCAGCUGUACUUAAAGAACAGAAUCAAGUAGAUAUUCAAGUUGCCUCUUUGAAUUUAAAUGAAGACAUAUCCUUAGUCACAUCAGCCGUUGGUACAGAUGAUAAUGAGACAAAGAGAAAAAACGAAUUGAAGAGCUGUCUUCAACAAACUGUAGCAAACCUAGAAACCAAGCUUUGCACUGCUGAAGAAGAAAAAAUAAAAACAAAAAAGGAAUUAGAAUAUUUACUGGAAAAAAACAGUAUUCUAGAAAUGAAUUUCUUGAAGGAAAAAAAAGAAAAGCUACUUAAAUAUCAAGAUCGUUACAAGAUGAUCCAGGAAAAGCAUAAGCAGGAGUUAGAAGAUAUGAGACAAGCUGGACAUGAAGCUUUGAGUAUUAUUGUUGAAGAAUUCAAGGCACUGCUACAAUCUACAGUUCAACAGCAAGAAGCAGCUAUUGAAAAACAGUAUAUACUGGCAAUUGAAAAACAGUCCCACAAAUGUGAAGAACUUCUUAAUGCUCAGCAUCAGAGACUUCUUGACAUUUUGGAAGCAGAGAAGGAAGUCUUAUCAGAAAAGAUAGAAGAAGCUUUGAUGCAACAGUCGGAAAAACAUAAGGAAGUGCUGGACAAAUGUUUGGAUGAAGAAAGAGAAAGAAGUAAGGAAGCUGUGGCAGCUGCUAUGAAGGCUGAAAAAAAAAUAGUGCAGGAGGCUGUUCUGAAAGCAGUAGAGGAGGAAAGGAGAAAUAUGGAGAAGAUUCAUGAAGAAGAAAGAAAAAUGUGGGAAACAGAACGUGACAGACAUAAAGAGAAAAUUGCCCAGGCUGUUCGAGAAGCAAUGCAAGAGCAAAGAAAACAUAAUCAAGAAAUUGUCAAGGAAGCAUUAAUGGAGGAGCAAAAACGAAGUGAAAAGGCAAUCGAAGAAGCUGUGAAAAGGACGAGGGAGGAACUGGUGGAAUAUAUUAAAGAACAGAAAAGGUGCGAGUUUUAUAAGGAAUUCCAAGGAACUUUCACAUUUGUUUGCUCCUGUGUGCAGUGUAAUUAUGUGACAGACUUUAUGGAGCUUGAUCAAGUUGUUCGUCAGAGGAAUCUGUCUAGUUUGGAACUUUUCCUCUCAUGUGCACAGAAACAGUUAGGCAUUUUAUUAAAUGAAGAUCCCACAGCUACAGAGGAAAAGAGAGACUGACAGUUGCUGUGCCACUUGUACAGUGUGAUUUGUGAAGCUGCAAAUUUUGGUCAAGCAAAUAACAAACGUCUCCUAAUCAUUUGAAUUUGUAUCAUUGGUUCAAGACUGAUCUGAAACUAUACUUGAUAGAAGUAUCUGUGUUUUUUUGUUGUUGUUGUUUGUUUGUUUGUUUGUUUGUUUUUUGACUACUAUUAUCAGAGUGAAAAAAAAUAGGAAGAAAAAAAUCACAUGAAAAAUAUUUUUUAUUUGUGAUUUUAUUUUCAUUGUGGUUUCUAUUAGCCCAUGACUGAAGUUCUAGGUAAUGGCAGCAAUGAUGAAAAAAAUUCCCUGUUAUGCCUGGUUUAAAGGUGGUAUCACGUCUUGAUGUAAUUGAUUAUUAUUUUCAUACUUAAAGAAAUGGAGAAAAACAGUUAAAUAUAGGUACAAGUCCAUCUCUGUUUCUCAAGUAUAUGCCCAAGUGCAUUGCCUCGAGUGAGCCUGAGAAGCUUAUCACUUCUCAUUACUUUAGAUGUGUAAUAGAAGAAUCAAUACUGAAACAUAAGUUUUGACAGUCAUUUCUUCAGACAUUUAUAAACAACUCCAGCUCUACUAAUAGAAAAGUUUAAAAACUAAACAGUGCAAUUUGUUAGUGUAGAGCAUUGCUGUAACCAAUGUAUAGUAUGUAUUUUUAUUUCUGUUCUACAAAGCUAGUCUGAUUCCAAAAUUCAUUUUCUCAUGAAAGUAUGAUUAAAGUGACUGACCUCAGUUUCAGGAAGAAGAUGUAUGUAAUUAUGUGGAGACUGAUAUUGCACUGCCUCAGUGGAAUUUCUGACAAUAUAAGGAGUGCAGCAUGCUGACCUCAGAUGCCCUUUUCAAACCCAUUGAAGGAAGUAGAAAUACUGCCCACUGACAUCUGUCUAGUGGGCUUUGGAUCAAGUCAUAGGUCUGUGACUGGGAAAUUCUGUGCCUACACUCUUUUGAUUGUAGAUUUGGAUCCUUAAUUAAAAGAGUUCUGAAUGAAAUAAAGGAAAAUAAAAAUGCUGUUAUAAUACUGAAUAUAAAUAAACAGAGAAUGAUACUUCUAA